GGAAACUGGUCAAAGGCCAACGAUUCCCGCGUGGCCAAGUUUAAUCUUUUUGAGGGUCGCAGAGAGAGAGACCCACAUUGUCAUCCGUUGCCUUCGGCUCUCCUGAAUCUUCUCCUGCAUGUCACUUGGUCUACGUACGGGUCUCCUUGGCCUCAGCGACAAGCCCUCUCUCUCCUCUAUCUGCUUAUUUUUCUCAUUUUAAUACUUUCCCAGACCUUUCGUCCAGUUCUAGGUCGCCCCGCGAUAUAUUCUAUAUUCUAUUAGGGGUCAGAGUCUUACUCGGAAUUUUCAGGCUGCUACCUGGGUAGUUCAACACUUGUCUGCCUACUCUCGAUUCUCAACCACAACCACUCAUUGCUUUCGGCCGUCGGCCUCCAAGGACCAUUACCACAGUGCCAAUACUACCAUGGCUAGGCAUCACUCGCUUGACUCUGAGAGACCGAUCAUGGCCCCUUCUAACCGAGCGUCGAAAAGAUUUUCGGCCGUAAGCGGAAACCCUUCGAUUGCUUCGUCAGGCACCAUUGGAAGCCUACCAAGCGGCGAUCCUCGUUUGGCCGAAUUCCAUCACUUGCGCGACGGGCUGGAGCGCCUGGAGAACAAACCUCUCCAGAAGCAACGCUUUGUCCCCACUCCCGAAAAAAGCGAUAACUUGAGCAAGCUAGCCCUGAGUGCGAAGGUGGAACGAGCUCUUGACCGGAGAAUGACUGGUCAGGAUGCUGUCAUGCGCAAGCCAGUUUUGAACGAGAAGGCCGCUGUUGAGUCUACGAACUCGUAGACGAUCUGUGGUCUAUCUGAUAAGUUUCGUAUAGAGGCCUUGAGUUGAUACUUAUUUUUGGUCCUUAAUUCUUUCUCUUUUCUUUUCUUUUUUUUCUACGAGCACCUGUUUCCCUGAAUAAUCUCCUGCUUGCCUAUAUUGCAUGUUCCGCGGCUUUCUUUGGUGAACCUUGUGAAUGAAUUUCUGUACCUACUAUACGUCUUCGUUGAUGAGAAGCUUGCCCUCUCAUGUCCAUCAUACCCCUCUUCCAAGCCAGUUAUUUAUUUCCGAUGUUAAGUUUUUUUUUUUUUUUUUUUUUUCAACAUCUA